CAAGCCAGAUGAAUCGGCGGUUGCAGUCCUUUGACAAACGUUGAUGUGUUGUGGAAAAUAUUUAGAAAAAGUUGUGAAGAUAACUUUGCGAAAUGACAAAGGGACAAGAAGCUAAGAAUGCCAAUGUUUUGGAUUUCGAUCAUUUAACAUUUUGGGUCGCUAACGCUAAAACGACAUCAAGUUAUUUUGUGAGUCGUUUCGGCUUCAAACCUCUUGCUAAAAGAGACGCAACUGAGACAAACUCCGUACAAGCGUAUGCUGUUAAACUAAAUAAGAUAAUAAUAAUAUUCGAAUCUCCAACCGCAUCUGAUGGCGAGAUUUCAAAAGAUUUAACAGCUCACGGUGAUUUCGUCAAAGACGUCGCGUUUACUAUCAACGACCUUGAUAAAUUGGUCAAAAAAGCGACCUUAGAGGGCGCUGAGAUUGUCAAGAACAUUACAGAAGAGACAGACAAAGAUGGAACUCUUAGAUACGCAGUUUUAAAAACUUAUGGCGAUAACACUCACACUUUAAUAGACCGGACAAAGUACAACGGUAUACUGCUUCCAGGAUUUGAGCCAACAGAAGAUGAUCCUCUCGACAAACUGCUUCCAGACACAUAUCUACAGUUCAUAGAUCACGUAGAAGGUAAUAUGAGUGAUGGUACUAUUGAAAUCACAACAUCAUGGUACGAGAAAAAUUUAAACAUGCAUAGAUUCUGGUGUGUCGAUUACAAACACGAUUUAGUACCAUAUUCUUGCAUUAAAUCCACGUCCGUUAUCAACCAAGAUGAAACAGUUUUGUUAUCAUUCAAUGAAGCAGCAAAAGGACUACUUCCGAGUAGUAAAGCUACGGAAUUCGUCAAGGCUUUAGGAGCUCCUGGUGUUGAACAUAUUGCGUUAUACACAGACGAUAUUGUAGGAACGAUGCGGAGUUUAAAGGCUCGUGGGGCUGAAAUACUAUCCGCACCUCCAACAUAUUACGAUUUAAUUAAAGAAAAACUGAAAGACAGUACGGUGAAUGUGACAGAAAGUGUAGAAAUGCUUAAAGAGAAUAACAUUUUUAUUGAUUUCGAUGACCGUGGGUAUAUGCUUCAAGCGUUUACCAAACAUUUACAAGCUCGACCGACGCUGUUCCUUGAAAUUAUACAAAGAAGAAAUCAUAGAGGCUUCGGUGCUAUGAAUUAUAGAUGGGUUUUUGAAGCUAUCGAACGUUUAGCACCUUCCACAGAUAAAGAAGAAUGA